AUGGGAUCAUCGGAAAGCAAAGUCAACACGACGGGAAGGACGGUCGAGCAGACAAAGGCUAGUGAGGUAAAGACUGGCACCGGGCAGACAGAGGGCAUGAUCAGGCAAGCCGCCAUCGUCGGCAAGUCAGACAGAAUAUGCGGGACUCUAAUGAGGGCACAACCGCAUAGUUCAUCAGCAGUGCAUCAUCAUGCCGAACAAGACACCAUUGUCUACGGCGUUUCUGGACGGGGUACGAUUGCCUUCGGCCCUAACGGCCAGAAUCGCGUAGAAAUGAACCCGGGUGACUGGGCAAUCAUACCUGCCUAUGCAGAGCACCAGGAAAUAAACGACGGCGACGAGGAGGUGGUAUGGGCAAUCGUUAGAAGUGGCGGAACACCCGCGGUUGUCAACUUGAAAGGCUGGGGCCAGCCACCACGGGAAGACCAGUAA